UCUUCCUUGCUUUUCGAGCGGUGUCUUCUCUCAACUUCCAUGGACAUCUUACCUUCAGAAUUGCCUCAACCAACCACAAAGCAUCUUCUCCUUUUCUAAGUUUCAUCAAACCCUUAAGAGUUUUCUCUAUCAAUUUUGUUUUUUUUUUCUGCUUCUUCUUCUCUUAUGGAUGCGAUCCUGCCUCCUGCCUUGGAGGCUGAAGGAACCGUCGACUCAACGAUCGACACAGUUUCUCGAUUGAUCGCCGGCGCUUUCUCCGGGGCUCUUACUGGAAUUUUUGCUAUGGCUGGAGCUUUCACUGGAGCAGUGACUGGUGCGGUGGCAGGCAGAGCUGCCCAGUAUGGAGUCCUUCGUGGGGCUGGACUAGGUGCUGUGGCUGGAGCUAUUCUUUCUGUUGAAGUGUUGGAGGCUUCUCGUGCUUACUGGUAUUUAGAGCUGUCAGGAUCAAGGGGUCCAUCAUCUAUGGCAGAUUUUGUAGAGCAACUGUUUCGUGGGAGACUAGUAGAUGAACAACUUAUGUCGACAGUGUUAAAUUCACACCACUGGCAGUUAAGGAUUUCCGAUGUAAGCUAUGAAGAACGAGAUGAUGUUUAUGGUGAAUUGGAACCCAGAGGCUUGUCGGGUGAAUCUUUAAGGAAACUACCAUGCUAUAUCAUGUCAAGUGAGAUGACCAAGAGGCAGAUCAUUCACUGCACAAUUUGUCUGCAGGACAUCAAAGCAGGAGAAAUCACACGAGGCUUACCAAGAUGUGAUCACACGUUUCACCUGGUUUGUGUUGAUAAAUGGCUCAUCAGACAUGGGUCAUGCCCCAUUUGCAGACAGGCUGUUAAAGAUUAAAACACCAUUGUUGCCAGGCAGUGUACAUAGCAAAAACCCAUUACCCCUAUAUGUUGUUGUAAGUCUCAGAUCCUUUCUUCAAUCUCUCUUUUUCAUUUCACUUAAAGAAACUUAAGCAAAUCCAUAGGUUUCUAAUUUUGAAUGUAUAUCGCUGUAGACAUGAAUAAGAGCACCUUCAGUUGUAUUGGAAAAAAUAUAGAACUCGAUCAAGUAAUGAACGGAUACAUGUAGUUAAUUCUAA